CAUACCUCUUACCGCUGAGACCACCACCGCGCUAUCGGCCGGCGCUUCUAUCGAUCGCAUACGCCUUCUAAUUACGAAGCCGCAGAACAGCGCUUCUGCCGCAUACCCUACACACCUAGAAUCAGGAUGGGUGUCCAGAAGAAAGUGCGCAAGUUUGCUGCUGUAAAGCGAGUAAUCGGGCAGAGGGACGCGAGGCUCAAGAAGAACAUUGUGGCAGAGGAGAAGAAGCAGGAAGAGAAGAAAAAGGGCAGCGGCAAUGAGUUGAUUCGAGAAAUUCCACAGGUCCCCAGCUCCAUGUUUUUCCAUCACAAUACAGCUCUUACACCCCCAUACUCGGUGCUGGUUGACACGAACUUCUUAUCACACUGUGUUCAUCACAAAUUGCCUCUCCUACCGACCCUCAUGGAUACGCUCUAUGCUUCGUGUACGCCCAUGAUCACCUCCUGCGUUAUGGCCGAACUCGAGAAAUUAGGACCGAAAUACAGAAUCGCACUCCAAAUCGCCCGCGACGAGAGAUGGGAGCGGUUACCCUGUGAUCACAAAGGCACGUAUGCAGACGACUGCAUCGUCACCCGGGUCAUGCAACAGAGAGUCUACCUCGUAGCGACGAACGAUCGAGAUCUUCGGAGGCGCCUUAGGAAAAUACCAGGUGUACCAAUCAUUUCUUGCAAGAGAGGGGGCUUCUCCAUAGAGAGACUUCCAGACGCGCCAGAUGCGGGUAGCAGAGGAAUGGGCAAGGGCAUUUAAGAGGGACGCAAAUUGGCUGGAUUGCUACUCUGCUAGCUGUCGUGCGUUCGUGGGACAUGAAAUUAGCGAGGCGUUUGGAGCGAAGGUGAUAAGAUUAUGAACAGCGUUGCCAUGGCCAUACCACAGAAGAACUUGCGCUGGGAAACACAAUAAAGACCAUACCAACGAUCGCGUAAGGCGCUGAGCGCGUUACUCUAGGGCCUGCAAAGAACAGACUGCGUAGGAAGUCUGAACGAUUGGACCAACCCAAGUCUAAACGAGCUGCCGGCGAACAUCUUUGGAGAUCACAUGGGAGUCGUACCAUUCCGAUGUGUCCAACAACGUCUCGUGAAGACAUCGAGGAAAGGAGUCACACUACUCGCCCACCUCAACGCAUGGCCUCUCGAUUUCUGGUCCAUCUUGUCAUUUCAAUGCUUUUUCAAGCUGCGAGGCCACUAAGCGAGAAUCGCUCCACUCAGCAGUCUACUACACACGACAUGAUUUCCAAGCGUGUAUCCAGCAUGCUGUGUUCGUCAACCGCGGGUGGACACUGAUAACACCAUGCGGCCUUCCUUCUCCGCCUGCUCCGGCUCGUUAGACAGCGACCGGAGAUGCGGUCGUCGACAAGCUGAGGAUUGCUCUGGUUGGCACAGAAAUGCCUGAUCGACACAACGUGGGGAGGGGACGGGACGGGUUGUUGAGUAUCUGUACCUACGGAAGGCAACCUAUCUGUCGGGCUGUAGCUUACGUAUUACAGGCGUAGUCUGUAUGGAGCGGAAUGGAAUGGAUCGUCCGAGACCUUUCACUUCAGGCUAGAAAUACUAUGCGACGGCUUUUCGUGCACCCGACUGCCAAAGAGUAGGAGUGGGUUGUACUCUUGAGGCCCACGGUUCUUUGGAACUGCCAGGAUUCUCGGGCUGAUUUCGCAGUCCGAUGCAUUGUUGUCAGGUACUAGAUAACAAUGCAGAUCAAAUUGCGCCUGAGGUUCAGGGUCUGCGUCUAUGCAAGUCCCACUGCUGCAACUCGAUGAAUUUGAUACUGGGAUCGUCAGUGUUAUCCCGCCGAUGUCAACACCUG